ACACGCGCGCGCGCGCGUGCACACGGACAGACAGCAGCCGCUACAGGGAAGAUGGAGGAUGGCGUGGCAGCGGCGGAGCGGACGUCCAGCCCGCAGCAACGUCGCCGCUGAAAGCAGGUCGGACUUCAGGAAACAAGACGACCCCGAAUCUACAACUGAUCACAGAAGUCUCUUCCCAGCAGCCCUCGCCCUGACUUAGUAGAGGCGCCUGCUGAUGACGGACUCCUAAAACCGUUCCACGACUCAGUUCAACCGACCCGUACCGGACAGCCAUGAACCCCCAGGAGAUGGAGCUCGGCCAGGAGGUUAUGGAGGAGGCCGAUGCCCCUCCUCGCCUCCGCCACAACAACCACAGCAGCCGGUCCCGUAACCACAGCAACCAGGAAAAGCGCUACAGACGCUUUGAAGCACCUGCCGGAGAAAACGCUGUCAGCAGAGCGAGAGUGGCCCAGCAGCGCAGGCCGCAGGAGGAGCAAGACGCGGAGCUGCAACAAGGAGCUCAGUCUCCGCAGCCCCAGCAGUCCCAGCAGCCCCAGCAGUCCAUUCCCCGACCCGCGGUGACACGUUAUCGCCGACAGGGGGACAGCGAGGCCCGGAUCAGAGCCCAGCAGCAGAGGCACAGACAAAAGCAGCAGAGGGAGGCGGAGAAAGCAGAAAACUUGGCACAACAACAGGAGAAGCAGCGCCACGCGGAGAUGACCCAGGAAGACGAACGAGAGAGGGACGAUUCAGUGCUCGCCCGCUCUGCGAGCACCGAGAGCGGCUUCCACACCCACACCGACCGGGCCGAGGGGGACGACGGUCUGGUGAUGACGACCCUGGAGCCUGAGGCGCAGCCAGAAGCGGAAGAUGAGACGGGGAACUACGGAGUCCAGCUACGGCCAGAGGCGGAGGGAUACACUGAGAGUGCCGAGGCUGAACAGCAACACCUCCAUCUACAUCCUAACUACCCUCAGCAGCCCCCGCCACAGCCACGUGAACCCCUGCCUGAUAUCCCAAACCCCCAGAGACAGGAUGAAGCAGAGGAGAUGCUGAACACUGGCUAUUCCAACUACGUCUACACCCAGCCCCUCAGCCACUCCGGAGGAAGGGCCGAUGUCUCCGCUGGUCAGAGCUUGGAGAGUUUAGAUGGCGCCCUUGUAGACGAAGCCUACGCCGAGCCGUAUGACAUUUACUCCCUCUCUGAGCACGUUUACGAGGAAAUCUGCAAUGCUCCCGCAUCAGUUUCAUCUGCUGCAGACGGGACAGAGGACACAGAGGCGCUCCGACAGAGGCGUGCCGGCUUUCAGCUGUUGGAAGGCCGGGCGGGAGGCGGGGACUACCAUCAGCAGGAAGCGGUGGGCUCCCGUCUGCGCCACUACGACGAACGCUCGGAUGGAGAGUCAGACAGCCCAGAGAAGGAGGCAGAGUUUGCCCCAUACCCAGGCGCCGACAGCUGCGACCAGGAAGAGGACAUCGAUAGCAUCGUGGCUGAGGUCAAAGAAAGCCUGAGCUCUCAGAGUCUUCAACAUUCUUUGGAGGACACCAUAGAUGAAGAGAACAAGCUUCAGCAGGGUGAGGAACAACCCCAACAACCUGAGUCCCAAACCGACUCGGACCAAAACAACACAUCUGCCAACCCAGGGAAGCCAGCCAGGAAACAGGCUGCGAGUCCCUCAGAGGAGCUGGGAGCAGUGAGGAACAGUCAAGAGAAGAGGGACGCAAUAUCCCUGGCCAUUAAGGACAUUAAGGAGGCCAUAGAGGAGGUAAAGACCAGAACGGUGAGAUCUCCAUACACGCCUGAUGAGCCCAAGGAACCCAUUUGGGUAAUGAGGCAGGACCUGAGCCCCACUGCAGAGUGUGACCUACAGCCAUCACUGGGGGGUGAUUCCCCCGGUUCAAGCUCGCCCUCCCCUCCAGGAGCAGAGUCGUCCAGCAGACAUCUGCUGCAGGACGACAGCCUGGAAUCUUCCCCCUCCAGUAAAGAGACCAGGAGAAGCCUCGCGUCCUUCCCCACAUAUGUAGAAGUCCCCGGCCCAUGUGACCCGGAGGACCUGAUCGAUGGGAUCAUCUUCGCAGCCAACUACCUGGGCUCCACCCAGCUGCUGUCGGAUAAGACUCCGUCCAAGAACAUCCGCAUGAUGCAGGCGCAGGAGGCCGUCAGCCGCAUCAAGACGGCCCAGAAAUUAGCCCAGAACAGGAAGAAGGCCCCUGAGGGAGAGCCUCAGCCCAUGACGGAGGUGGAUCUCUUCAUCUCCACCCAGAGGAUCAAAGUGCUCAACGCCGACUCCCAGGAGACCAUGAUGGACCACCCUUUGCGGACCAUCUCCUACAUUGCCGACAUUGGCAACAUCGUGGUCCUGAUGGCCCGGCGCCGGAUGCCUCGCCCCGACUCUCAGGAGAGCGUGGAGGCCUCAGACCCGGGUCAAGAGAGCAAGCGCCAGUACAAGAUGAUAUGCCACGUGUUUGAGUCUGAGGAUGCCCAGUUGAUUGCCCAGUCCAUCGGGCAGGCCUUCAGCGUGGCCUACCAGGAAUUCUUAAGGGCCAAUGGCAUUAACCCCGAGGACCUGAGCCAGAAGGAGUACAGUGACUUGCUCAACACUCAGGACAUGUACAAUGAUGACCUCAUCCACUUCUCCAAGUCGGAGAACUGCAAAGACGUGUUCAUAGAGAAAGCUAAGGGGGAGAUUCUGGGUGUGGUCAUUGUGGAGAGUGGGUGGGGCUCCAUCCUGCCCACUGUCAUCAUCGCCAACAUGAUGCACGCCGGGCCAGCUGAGAGGUCCGGCAGACUGAACAUAGGAGACCAGAUCAUGUCCCUUAAUGGGACCAGUCUGGUGGGACUGCCACUGUCCACCUGCCAGAGCAUCAUCAAGGGGCUGAAGAACCAGUCCGGGAUCAAGCUAAACAUUGUCAGAUGCCCCCCAGUGACCACUGUACUCAUCCGACGGCCAGACCUCCGCUACCAGCUGGGCUUCAGCGUCCAGAAUGGCAUUAUCUGUAGCCUUAUGCGCGGGGGCAUCGCCGAGCGGGGCGGGGUCCGAGUGGGUCACCGCAUCAUCGAGAUCAACAGCCAGAGCGUGGUGGCCACGCCCCAUGAAAAGAUUGUCCACAUCCUGUCCAACGCCGUGGGAGAGAUCCACAUGAAGACGAUGCCCGCAGCCAUGUACCGCCUGCUGACCGCCCAGGAGCAGCCCGUUUACAUUUAAAAGACAAAGCCCUGACCUCACGCACCCUUUAAACUGCCCCCCACCGAGCCGGCCCCCCUUCUGUCCACAGCCUGCGUAAUGAGUUGUUCUAGUAGGAUGGUUCUGUGGUCCCGAACAACACCCGAACUCUCCAUGCGCUGUCAUGACAGGUUUGUGUUUCUUACUUUGGCUUCAUAAGGCCGUUCCCACCUGAAGCAUUUUCAGCGCGGAAUCCUAAAAAAACAGUUUUUCCUGGUUCACUGUUUAGAAGAUCACAUUUCACACUUUCAAACGUGGGCAGCAACAAUUCUUUAGUGUAUCUUUAGUGUUUGGGUUUCGGCCACUGAGACAGUGUGGUGGCACGGGAGACCUUAACGAGCGGGACCCGAACCCUGAUUGUGGACUUGAUCUGCACAUCCAACCCUGAAUCCUGCUGCUACGUCACUGGCAGGUCGCUGCCGGGGUCUUGUUGCAUUUCCUCCACCACAUCAUUUAUGUGGGAAAGCCCCCUGUAGUUACAUUUCAUGGGACCAAGCUUGGUUUCACUUUCAGCUCUCCCCUCUUGCUGUAAUUACAACACAGAGCUCUCCACAGGAGGGUGUGUGGCAAUGAGUGUGUGAACACACACACACACACACACUUCCAUUGUCACGUCCAUUGCAGGAGUCGACGCAGCAGCUCCUUUUUUGAUGUUAUUUCUUUGAACGCGGUCGUUGCGGUGUUUCCAUUCCGUUGGCUUCUCUUGCGUGUCCUCUGUACGGAAACGAUAGUAGUGAAUACAUAUCGACGUGAACUUCCCCCCAAAGCUACUUACAUUAGGGCAAUUCUUUUUCACACAUUUUAUGUUUGAACACGCAAAUGGGUCUCGACAACCGUUCGUCCGAACUCCUUCACACUCGCUGGGUGUAUUGCUGGGGACCAAAGGGAGUGCAGCGUUGAAUAAACAAGCACAUGGCGCUCUGGGGGCGGGGCUUCAGGGCUCUGUGGACCAGUCCAGCAUGACGUCCGCAGCCGGUCUGACUUCCAUUCACGGCGUUUUGCUGAGCCAGAGCCUUCUAAUGCCACAUGGCGUUCUGGAUGUACCGACGGUGCACGGACGCUGGAUAAAACGAGCAACGUUAGGCCUUUACGCUCCGUUUACUUUCACGCAGAGCGCAGAUAUUACACAGUGAAAAGGUGACAUCUUUCUUUUGGAACAAGGUUACAAUUUUUAUCGAGCUUGCGUACAUAAAAAAGAACAAGGCAUCAACCAAUCACAAUGUGCGGAACGGACCUUUUCACCACGCAGGCUCCGUAGUAGACUCCUUUAAAAAAUAAAACAGGGCAGACCAGAUCCGCUCCUUCUGUUCUUUGCUUUCACAAUAAAAGCCCGAGGCACGUACACUGUUUCCUACCGGGAGCUCAACUAAAUCUCAAUAAAUUAGCUAACGAUAGCUUAGGCUAUACAACAGUUUACCUCAGACAGACCGCCAGACGCCGCUCCGGGUCCACAGGACCCUGGUAGUUGGUAAUCUAUUUCAACCUUCUAUUGAAGACGAAGUUGGUGUUUAUCCAUCAUGGUGUUUAGUUUAAUGACACCUUCGUGGUGCAUUUCAACAACAUUUCUGACCGCCAGUAUCCCGCCACCUCGGUUAUUUUUUAGAUUUAGUGAUUUGAUGCUCCCAGACAACCGCCAUUGUGCUUUACUUUUCACCCUCCUUUUUCUUCCCUCUAACUGGGAACAUUGGUUUUGGCAGUGGUAGAAGAAUUAGACCGACUCAAAACUUUUAAACAAAACUAUGAAUUAUUAAUAGUUAAACGAUUAAAGUCCUGCAUUCAAGUGAAGAGUGAACAAGAGACAUUAUCAGUACGAUAUACAAACAUUGACAUAAAGUCUGGCGCUUUGGACCUGGACCUGUACCCGUAAAGAGCUUUUCUAUUCUUCUGACCACUCAGAGCGCUUUAACACUACACAACAUCAUUCACCCAUUCACACACAUUCAUACACUGAGGGGAGGAGCUAAGGUUCCACCUGUCCAUCAGGACUAACCAUUCACACACAUUCAUACACUGAGGGGAGGAGCUAAGGUUCCACCUGUCCAUCAGGACUAACCAUUCACACACAUUCAUACACUGAGGGGAGGAGCUAAGGUUCCACCUGACCAUCAGGACUAACCAUUCACACACAUUCAUACACUGAUGGGAGGAGCUAAGGUUCCACCUGUCCAUCAGCAGUAACAUUCACACACAUUCAUACACUGAGGGGAGGAGCUAAGGUUCCACCUGUCCAUCAGGACUAACCAUUCACACACAUUCAUACACUGAGGGGAGGAGCUAAGGUUCCACCUGUCCAUCAGCAGUAACAUUCACACACAUUCAUACACUGAGGGGAGGAGCUAAGGUUCCACCUGUCCAUCAGCAGGACACAUCGACAUGGGCUAGUGGAGCUGGGCAUCAAACCGCCGAUCCUCUGAUUGAAGGACAAUUGAAGGACGACCCUGCUCACCACUGAGCUCAAGUCUAAUAUGAUGCUAAGAGUAACAGCGUAACCAGUAGAGUUUCUCUGUCAGGUAAAUGUUUGUUUCCAGUGUUUUCUUUUCACUGGACUCGAAUAUGUACCGUUAGUCAACUUUCAAGGAAAGGCCUGACUCGGUUAAGCUGAAUAAUUAUUUUAGAAUUGACAGCAGCCAAGAUGCAGCCUGUCAGAAACCUCUAAAAUACUAUCACACGUGAAUUAAAUGCCAGGUAGACCGUGAUCACCAAAGACAUCCUCCAUACGCUACAUGUAGCAUCAUUUUAACCAAAUCUGUGAAUGGGUGACAGUUGUUUUAUUGUGAGUUCAAUGUGACACUUUGGGAAUGUUUGAUCAAAUUAAUUAAAUUAAAUUAAUUAUAAAUGUGAUGAAUGUUAAUAAUUCAGUCAUUAUCAAGAGGAAAAAAGAGUGGGAAGAAGGGGCAUUUACAUGAAUGGAAAGUAUAUUAUCAGGAUGACCAGAUUCCUGUUCACGGUUCAACAUCUAGCAAAAGAACGAUGGGUUGAAACUUGGUUCUUUGAGUAAGAUUUUUCUUAUUUACAUGUGUUGGGGUAAUUUCAUAUUUUUAUUGCGUAUUCAUACACAAACUCCCAUUUGACUGGUGGUUAUAAUAACACUAAAUAAACAAUGACAUUGUG